GAGACCGCGACACCGCAGGGGCCCGAGCUCGGGCCCGAGCGGGUCCUCGCGCUGCGCUCCGGCCACCGAGUUCAAGGAGUACGCGCGGCGGCGCAGCCUAGGGCCGCGCUGGUUAGGUGGGAGUUGAGCGCACUUCCAAGAGCCCAAGCCAUGGUGGCCAAACAGAGGAUCCGGAUGGCUAAUGAGAAGCACAGCAAAAACAUCACCCAGAGAGGGAACGUAGCCAAAACCCUGAGACCACAAGAAGAGAAAUAUCCUGUGGGACCAUGGCUGUUGGCACUGUUUGUUUUUGUUGUCUGUGGCUCAGGUCAACCACAUAAACACUGGCCUUUGCUGGAGACCGCCAGCACAUUCCUGGAACUGUGACACGCACAGGGAGCUGUCCCCCCGAGACGGGCCCGUGCGAUGUUUGAGGAACAGAGCAGCCCUAGAGAAGCCCUUCUGUUUCACCACCAAGGAAAGACUGAAGACAUCUAUCUUCUGGGGAACUCCUGCAUCAAGAUCUGAUGUGGACAAUUGGGAGAAACUCUCAUCAGCCACUGGCUCCCACAAGCUAUCUUUCAGAUCAUUCAGAGCAUAAGGAUGGGCAUGUGAGGAGGCCCGGAUUUGACACUGCCCCUCCUGCUGGAGGGUGGAGGACC